AAUAUUUAAAAUCAUCUGUAAUUCCGCGAAAGCGGAGAGGAUAUUUAGGUAAUUCUACAACAGGAAGACGGAAAGUGGGCGUGGUGGAGAAAGAUGAUAAGAGAGGGAAACGCGUCUCUAUGAGGCUCACAUUCCAUUCAUUUCCUCUCUCUCUCUCUCUCUCUCCUCUGAUUCUCUCUAUACGACCCGUGAGCUCGCCGGAGGAGGGUGAAACCAAUAAAGAUGGCGCAGAGGACGGAGAAGGAAGAGACGGAGUUCAAGGUCCUCGAAUCCCUGACGACCCCCGCCACCGCCACGACCACGCUCUGCUCAAAUAACUGCGGCGUUACAGCGAAUCCAGCCACCAACAACAUGUGUCAGAAAUGUUUCAACGCUUCCAUCGCCGCCGCCGGCGUAGACUCCGGUUCGACGUUGAAGAGAGCGUCGAGAUCCGUCAAUCUUAGGCCCACGCCAGCCAAAGUCGUGAUCCGUCCCAGGGAGAUCGAUCCGGUUAAGAGAGAUCAGCAGACGGUAAACCGGUGUUCCGGUUGUCGGAAGAAGGUCGGGCUGACCGGGUUCAGAUGCCGAUGCGGUGACCUUUUCUGCUCCGAGCACCGUUACUCCGAUCGCCAUGAGUGCAGCUACGACUACAAAACCGCCGGUCGCGAGGCGAUCGCUAGAGAGAACCCGGUGGUCAAGGCGGCGAAGACGGUCAAAGUUUAAAAGUUAAAUUCGAAUUUGAUUUAAAAAAAAAAAAAAUCUCCAAUCGUGGUUCAAGCUCCGAUCUAUAAAGUUCGGACAGGGAGAUGCUCUCGCAGACAUUGAUUUGUUGCUGUCUGUUUUGUAAUGAAAGAUCAGAGAGAUUCUCUUCUCGAUUUGAAUUCGAAACUAAAUUUAUUGUUUAGUGAA